CGACGGAGGUGGGGCUAAUUAGAAUGUGCCGUAUUGGUAGCGUAGGGGUCGACACCUCAUUAAUAAUCACGAGUGGGGCGCGCUGAUUGGUGGAGGAGGGGGCGUGUCUUGCGCAGGGGCCGCGGCGAACGGGAGGCGCUGAGCCACCGGCAGCGGGUCCCUCCGGCUCGGAGCCGCCCCCAGCAGCGGGGGGGCCCCAAAUAUCUAGAUACCCCCGGGGCCGGAACAAGUAGAGAUCCCGCUCCGGCUCCUCCCCCACCCCCGGCCGGGGCAAGUAGGGACCCUGCUUCCCGCCCCCCAAUCCUAAAUACCCUUCCCAGCCCCCUUCCUUCCCGCAGCCCCCGUAGAGCCUCCCCCAUGGCGCUGUACCUGCUGGCCCAGCGUGCCCAUGCCCGCCGGCGGCGGCGGGUGCCCCAGGAGCGGGUGUUCAAGCCCCGGAUCCAGUUCCUGAACAUGCCAGAGGAGCAGGUGAUGCGGCGCUACCAGCUCAACCCUGAGAUGAUCCGAGACCUGUGCCACGCACUAGAGUGUGACCUGCAGCCCUCGACUGGCCGCAGCCAUGCUCUCCCUGUUUAUGUCAAGGUGACGGCUGCCCUCAACUUCUACACCUCGGGCACCUUUCAGACGCCGGCAGGCGACGCGGCUGGCAUUAGCCAGGCCAGCAUGUCCCGCUGCGUCUCCCAAGUCACGACUGCCCUGACCCGCCGUGCCAAUACCUACAUCCACUUCCCCUUCCAGCCUCGGCAGCAGGCCCGCACCAAAGAGGAGUUCCUGCGCAUUGCUGGCUUUCCCAACGUGCUGGGCACGCUGGGCUGCACCCACGUGGCCCUCAAGCCGCCCUCGGAUCACGAGAACCUCUACCGCAACCCACUGCGCUUCCACUCCAUGAACAUGCAGCUGGUGUGCGAUGCCCAUGGCAUGAUAACCCAUGUGGUGGCCGAGUUCCCCGGCUCUGUGCCGGAUGCCCACAUCCUCAGCUGUUCCAGCCUCAGGGGCAUCUUUGAGGGGCACCAGAACAUGGAUGGCUGGCUGCUGGCGGAUGGCACCUACCCCCUGAAGCCCUGGCUGCUGACACCCGUGGAGGCAGCAGAGACAGCAGCUGAGCAGCGAUAUAAUGCAGCGCACAUGGCCACGCAGGCUGCGGUGGGACGUACAGUGGGGGCACUAAAGGGCCGGUUCCGGUGUCUGGACCGGGCAGGGGGGGUGCUCCAGUACAGCCCCCUCAAGGUCUGCCACAUCUUUGUGGCAUGCUGUGUCCUGCACAACAUGGCUGUGGGGCGGGGCAUUGCUAUGCCAGAGGGGGUGGAGCUGGGUGCCAGGCCACUUGCCCAGGCUUCUCCUCACCCUGAGCCCCUCUCCCAGGAGGCCCAGUACCUGCGGCAAGAGCUCAUCACCAGCUACUUCAGCUGAGGGGCACCCUGACCUACAUGCAUGUGGGGGAAGAUGUUGAGGGAGAUGCAGGGGUUGGAAGCCAGCCCAUAGACGUGUGUAUGUGAGGGGGGAGAGUUUGUGGUAGUGGAAGGGCAAGACUCUCUGGGCUGGACUACGGGCUACAGCCCUACUCGAGCCAGCCCCAUUUCCCUCCCAGCCCUUUGAACGGGUGGGGAGCACAUACCUUCCGUAAGACAGAAACAGCAAGAGGC